GCCUCGGUUGGUCUCGUCUGCCGGGAGCUCAGUGUAGAAGAUCUGCACUGCAGACGGAGCGACUGUCGGAGAGCGAAGCCGAGCUCUAUAAGGAGGACGGAGCGACUGUCGGAGAGCGAAGCCGAGCUCUAAAAGGAGGACGGAGCGACUGUCGGAGAGCGAAGCCGAGCUCUAUAAGGAGGACGGAGCGACUGUCGGAGAGCGAAGCCGAGCUCUAUAAGGAAGACGGAGCGACUGUCGGAGAGCGAAGCCGAGCUCUAUAAGGAGGACGGAGCGACUGUCGGAGAGCGAAGCCGAGCUCUAUAAGGAGGACGGAGCGACUGUCUGAGAGCGAAGCCGAGCUCUAUAAGGAGGACGGAGCGACUGUCGGAGAGCGAAGCCGAGCUCUAAAAGGAGGACGGAGCGACUGUCGGAGAGCGAAGCCGAGCUCUAAAAGGAGGAAAGAGCGACUGUCGGAGAGCGAAGCCGAGCUCUAAAAGGAGGACGGAGCGACUGUCGGAGAGCGAAGCCGAGCUCUAAAAGGAGGAAAGAGCGACUGUCUGAGAGCGAAGCCGAGCUCUAUAAGGAGGACGGAGCGACUGUCGGAGAGCGAAGCCGAGCUCUAUAAGGAGGACGGAGCGACUGUCGGAGAGCGAAGCCGAGCUCUAAAAGGAGGACGGAGCGACUGUCGGAGAGCGAAGCCGAGCUCUAAAAGGAGGACGGAGCGACUGUCGGAGAGCGAAGCCGAGCUCUAAAAGGAGGACGGAGCGACUGUCGGAGAGCGAAGCCGAGCUCUAAAAGGAGGAUGGAGCGACGGUCGGAGAGCGAAGCCGAGCUCUAAAAGGAGGAUGGAGCGACGGUCGGAGAGCGAAGCCGAGCUCUAUAAGGAGGACGGAGCGACUGUCGGAGAGCGAAGCCGAGCUCUAUAAGGAGGACGGAGCGACUGUCGGAGAGCGAAGCCGAGCUCUAUAAGGAGGACGGAGCGACUGUCGGAGAGCGAAGCCGAGCUCUAAAAGGAGGACGGAGCGACUGUCGGAGAGCGAAGCCGAGCUCUAAAAGGAGGACGGAGCGACUGUCGGAGAGCGAAGCCGAGCUCUAUAAGGAGGACGGAGCGACUGUCGGAGAGCGAAGCCGAGCUCUAUAAGGAGGACGGAGCGACGGUCGGAGAGGGAAGCCGAGCUCUAAAAGGAGGACGGAGCGACUGUCGGAGAGCGAAGCCGAGCUCUAUAAGGAGGACGGAGCGACUGUCGGAGAGCGAAGCCGAGCUCUAUAAGGAGGACGGAGCGACUGUCGGAGAGCGAAGCCGAGCUCUAUAAGGAGGACGGAGCGACUGUCGGAGAGCGAAGCCGAGCUCUAUAAGGAGGACGGAGCGACUGUCAGAGAGCGAAGCCGAGCUCUAAAAGGAGGACGGAGCGACUGUCGGAGAGCGAAGCCGAGCUCUAAAAGGAGGACGGAGCGACUGUCGGAGAGCGAAGCCGAGCUCUAUAAGGAGGACGGAGCGACUGUCGGAGAGCGAAGCCGAGCUCUAUAAGGAGGACGGAGCGACUGUCGGAGAGCGAAGCCGAGCUCUAUAAGGAGGACGGAGCGACUGUCGGAGAGCGAAGCCGAGCUCUAAAAGGAGGACGGAGCGACUGUCGGAGAGCGAAGCCGAGCUCUAUAAGGAGGACGGAGCGACUGUCGGAGAGCGAAGCCGAGCUCUAUAAGGAGGACGGAGCGACGGUCGGAGAGGGAAGCCGAGCUCUAAAAGGAGGACGGAGCGACUGUCGGAGAGCGAAGCCGAGCUCUAUAAGGAGGACGGAGCGACUGUCGGAGAGCGAAGCCGAGCUCUAUAAGGAGGACGGAGCGACUGUCUGAGAGCGAAGCCGAGCUCUAUAAGGAGGACGGAGCGACUGUCGGAGAGCGAAGCCGAGCUCUAUAAGGAGGACGGAGCGACUGUCGGAGAGCGAAGCCGAGCUCUAAAAGGAGGACGGAGCGACUGUUGGAGAGAGAAGCCGAGCUCUAAAAGGAGGACGGAGCGACUGUUGGAGAGUGAACAUGGUGUGACUGCAGGGCUGUUUAAACUCCCCUCCUGUUUAAGGACCGAGGUUCCCGAGCAGAGCUGGAUCUACCUGCUGUACAGGAGACGCUUAGAGAAACACGGGAAAUCGGGAGAGAUUUAAUGUGAGCCUGUGGUAUCGAGAUGCAGCUCUGCUACUCAGCAAAUGCCUUAUGAUUUUCUCCACACCAACACAUCUCAUAGAAAAAUGGCAAACAGUUCCAGCAAAAAGAGAACUCACCACUGCUCGGAGUGUGGAAAGAGCUUUAGUGCGCAGGGUAAUCUCAAAAGACACCAGAGUAUUCACAUGGGAGUGAAACCGUAUUCCUGUUCACAGUGUGGGAUGAGUUUCAAUCAAAAGAGUCAUCUCCAAGUACACCAGAGCAUUCACACAGGAGAGAAACCGUACCAGUGCUCUGAGUGUGGAAAGAGCUUUACUGACAGAUGUAACCUCCAAACACACCAGCGCAUCCACACAGGGGAAAAACCGUAUUCCUGUUCGGAGUGCGCAAUGAGCUUCACAGUGCUGAGUAAUCUCCAAGUACACCGGCGUAUUCACACAGGAGAGAAACCGUUUCAGUGCUUAGAGUGCGGGAAGAGUUUUACAGAACAAAGUCAUCUCCAAAGACACCAGCAUGUUCACACAGGAGAGAAACCGUAUUACUGCUCAGAGUGUGGAAGGAGUUUUAGUCAAAAGAGUCAUCUGCAAAGACACCAGCGCGUUCAUACAGGAGAGAAGCCGUAUCAGUGCUCCAAAUGUGGGAAGAGUUUUAAUCAGAAGAGUCAUCUCCAAGGACACCAGCGCGUUCACACAGGAGAAAAACCGUAUUCCUGUUCGGACUGUGGGAUGAGCUUCGUUCAGCUGAGUGGUCUCCAAAUACACCAGCGCGUUCACACAGGAGAGAAACCGUAUCAGUGCUCAGAAUGUGGGAAGCGUUUUACACACAGUGGUGCCCUCACAAAACACCAGCGUGUUCACAUAGGAAAGAAAGCCGGACAAGAGUAGACUGAGUCAGACAUUUAGACAUUCCGAAAUCCCACUGAAGCAGAUCAGCCAGCAAGGUGAAAAUACUAGCAGUGCUUACAACGUCUUCAAGGUUAUUUUCAGUGGGCCAGCAAUAAUUUUAAUCAUCAUAAAGUCUUGAAAGUGACUGACAAUUUGGUGUCAUGGUUUGGUGUUAUGGAGCUUUAUUACUCUAACUGUAAGUUGAUUUGAUUUGUCAUAGUAUUGUAUUGAUGUAAAAUAUUAAGCCGAUUAUGAUUGGAUGGGUAUUACAGUAUUAUUACAAUCAAUAAUAUUGUAAAAAUACAUAAUAUAAAAAUACAAAAAUAUAUUAUUGCAAAAAUACAUUUAAUAAUAAUGUAAUACAGCACUAAAACAUAAAAACAACUCACAAUAAGAGCUGGUCAAACAAAACUCCAGUAUAGCCUCUACACAACAUGGGCCCAGUUUCCCAACAGCAUUGUUAUUUGUACAGAUCAUCUUAACAGGUAGAAAAAGUGUUCAGCGUGAUGCUCACUUUUGGAACUUCUUAUUCACAAACUGUACUGGUGUCAUAUAAUAAAACCUAUUUAAAAGUUACCA